CGGCUAUGAUAGUUCAACACUUACACAUGCUAAUGAGCCAAGGUAGCUUCCGCCCCCUUGUGGUCACCCUUGACAACAGCAGGUAAAGGCGUGGCCAGUCAUAUCUGCGGCAGUUACCUGAGAGCACCAGGAUUAAAGGACGCUGCUGUAAGUACAGGAAAACACAGUUUAAUUAAGUCUUUCUUUUUAUUUAACAAAUAUGAAAACAUGCUGUAUUUGUAUAUUUUUUACAGGGCGGCGUCCGAUUUAAUCAAAAAAUAAGGUAAGUGAACUUCUUCAUUUUACGUCUAUGCACCUGUUCUACUAGUCCUGGCUGGUUAAUGUACACACGUUUAUAUAAUAAGAGGUAUAACUCCUCCAAAUUGAUGCAAUGAUCUAGACAAUCUGAAAAUGUGCGUUGCUUAGAUAUAUUUUUAAAAAAAUAUUUCAUAUCUGGGGUCUUAAUGUGUAACACAAUACGUGUGAUCUUCCAAAUGACCUUUGUUUGCUUUGGCUGAGAAGGAUGACUUCAUCUUUUGUUGUGACAAUAUGGCUGAAGGCUGAGAGCUAUUAUAUGACUGAUAAUCAAAAACUCUCCGCAAGAGUAUGAGUGGGUAGCUAAAGUUUAUAUUAUGGAGGUUUAUCUUGAUAACUGUGUUUUGCAUGAAAAUCAAUCAAAGUGGUAUAAGAUCUCUUAAGAUUUAUACAUGUAAAAAAAGAUAUAGACACUUUUUUUUCAUUGUAAAAUAACUAAGAAGUUGUUCACAAACACAUUUUUCCAAGUCUAAAAAAAGGGUCUAUGAAGUCAUUGGUGUUUACUUCAUCUUUGUUAGGCCGUUUGGUUGAUUUGAGUUAUGGAAAUAGAUCAUUUGCAUGAUAGCACAUGAGCUCAGGUACAACAGGAACUAGACUGAAGACAGGUGCACGCAUCAAACCUGUUUGUUAGGACAAAACUGAAAAUAACAAGUCACUAAUCCUGUCAUGUGGCGAGAUAAUGAGAGAAGUGUCUUAAACAAACUGUUCUUAAACAUAGUCAUGUUUGAGGGAGGGGGUCAAACACACUCACUCCUGUAAUAUACAGUAGUGAGUCCAACAGGUGAUGUCAUCUCUGCAAACCUGGGAGAGCCUGUUUUAUCUACCUGAAUUUCUCCCCGUUAACACACCCGCCACCCAUCCUGGUCACAUGAUCCAGUAUUUACACAGCACAUUUAUGGACGUUAGAAGGCCAACAAAGAUAACACAUACAGACCUCAGGGCCAUUGUUGAAUAUGUUAUGCAUGUUUGAUACAAACUCGUAAUGUUUUCUCUCAUUGGAUUCGGUCUGGGUGAUUUGAAUAAUACCAAUCCUCUUUUCAGAAAUCAAGAUGGUGGAACAAACAAGACAGCAAAGCCGUAUGGUCUCCCUCCAGGCUGGACCUGGUGAAGUGGGGACCAGUACCCUGUUUGUUGGGAACUCUAGGUACGGUACAAAACCAUUACACACUGGAUUAUUAUGUUUCUGACGGCAACAACGGACAGCAUGAACACGCUUAAUAGACAGUGUGGAACAUGUGGUUCCCAAAACAAACAAAAUACACUUAAAGCUUUAAAUUCAGAGAAUAACAUGGUAAAUGGAACUGAUUCUAAAGAGAGGCACGUUAUCAACUUCCUUUUUACAAGUGACCAUAUUUGGACGACAGCAUUGUUUGGUUGCUUUGCCCCAAAUAUUGAUAUGCUAUGUCAUCAUUUUGACUUGUAUCUUAGACCACAGUUGGCAAAUAGAAAUUGAAGCUGUGUUGAGGAGUUGAAGCUAGUUUUGAGAGUAUAAACACACAAAAAAUGUUAUGCAAUGAAAUAAUUAAACUAAGAAGUGGGGUCAUUUAAUCUUUGACCUCUUAAGAAUUGAUAUUUUUAUGGAGUUGCCACCGGCUGGUGACAUGAUAAAAUGCAGAUUACACCUACUUUUGUGUUGUCCUCACUUUUGAAAUAAAAGUCUAUAUCCACAUUUUUUCCAAUAGCCUUUAUGGUUAUAUGGAGACCCUAUCUUUUUGACAAAAAAAAGUAUAUAUAUAUAUUUAUAUCUUCGUAUCUAAAUUUGAAAGAUGGACACAAAAGUCAAACUAAGGAGUGAUAAAAAAUAUUCUGUGAAAGGCUUACAAUUAAUUGACUUGAAAUAUUGUGAUUAUUAUAAUGAUAAUACAUUUAAUUGUUACCACUUCAGGAUCAAUCGCAGGGCUGUAAGGGCUGUUGGCCGCCAGUUGGCAAUGAUUGGAGACCAGCUGGACCAGGAAUGGGCUAGCAGACACCCGGACUGGCCACUGGCUCCUCUCCAUAUACUGCGACCUGCUCAGGCACUCACCAGGACCAUCUAUCGGUAUACAACUAUCUGCAAACUUACCGAUUAAUACCUACCUUUUUUGUGUGAAUAAUUUUAAAGACAGUCCAAAUGUAUGUUGUUCUUUAACAGGGAUAUCCACAGCCAAAUGUUGGGCUUCAAGGGUUUGUCUGCGGCUGUGAAGGCCUGGCUGGAGAGUACUGUGCCUGGGUUGGGGAUCCUCAGAGCAGAUGCAUGGGUAAUCCCUGUUUCUUGCGUGAAUAACUGUCUCAAUUUAGGUUUCUUGUUGAGGUGCGGAGAAGAAAUGAGUAUAGAUCCCGUUGUGUUUUUAUGUUACAGGUGUCAAGUUUGAUGCCAGAAAGCUGCCCUGGCUGGACCAGAGGAGCACUGGUGACGGUGGCACUGGUGGCUGCCGUGACCAUUUUGGGUGCACUACAGAUGGAGUGGAGGGGGCCAUGAGUUGGUCUUUUGGGAUAAUUUACAUCAAAAAAAAGUUUGCAAUUGAGUGGUGAUUAUUUCUUAAUGAUUUAUUCCUGCUGUUUACUUUGACCUUUUUUUUUUUGCUAUUGAUAUGAGCAGCGUUGAUGAUGACGGCAUGUGACCGGAAACAGGAGUAAAAUAACGAUAUUCCAAAUUUGUUGUGGUGAAAUGUUUGAAAUUGGUUUUACAGUGUUGCCUGAGGAGCUGGCCAGCUUAUUGUAGCAGUGACAUGUUGGUUCACAGUUGUAUUAAUGUUUAAAAGUCUGUUUCUUAUGACUGGACUGUUGCUGGUUUGCAGUCUUUUGUAUGCAGAUUAGUUUCUUACCGGUUUAAGAAGCAACAUUUUUAUACAAAUGAUAUGUAACCUGGGUGAAUAUCAAGAAAGGGAGCUGGACUUUCUGUUUCAGAUUUGAAAAUGCUUUUUCAUGUGAUGCAAAUAAACUUAAC